AAAAAUAGUUCAAGACGUUAUAUGGCGGUGUUACAGGGGCAUAAAUAAUUUUCCCACCAUGCUGCCCACUCCGCUAACGCAUGGAUUAGGUGGCUUUAGAUAUCAAUCUCCUCUCCGAAACAAGGUUAAACCUCUCGCUGUCCCCGCGGUAGGUGAGUUGGCGAAAUAAAUCUCUCACUUAUAAAUACGAGCCUCUGCUUUCCCUUCUCUUUACAUUAGUAGUUUCUCUCCUAACUUUCUUCACCAAACGCACUCUCUUUCCCCUAAACCCAGAGACUAGUUUCUUUACUCUCUCCGAAGCCACCAAACCACAACCCUCGCCCGAAAAUUUCAACAUGCCGUCAGUCUCCGGCCAAACCAUCUGCGUCACCGGCGCCGGUGGCUUCAUCGCUUCUUGGAUGGUCAAAUUGCUCUUGGAGAAAGGCUACACUGUCAGAGGCACCGUCAGAAAUCCAGAUGAUCCGAAGAAUUCCCAUUUGAGAAAUCUCGAAGGAGCAGAGGAGAGAUUAACUCUGUGCAAAGCGGACCUUCUGGAUUUCGAGAGCUUGCGCCUGGCCAUUAAUGGAUGCGAUGGCGUUUUCCACACCGCAUCCCCUGUUACUGAUGACCCAGAGGAAAUGGUGGAGCCGGCGGUGAUUGGAACAAAGAACGUGAUAGUUGCAGCUGCGGAAGCAAAGGUUCGGCGCGUGGUGUUCACCUCAUCCAUCGGUGCAGUGACCAUGGACCCUAACCGGGGGCCUGACACAGUUGUGGACGAGAGUUGCUGGAGUGAUCUUGAGUUUUGCAAGAACACAAAGAAUUGGUAUUGCUACGGGAAGGCAGUGGCAGAACAAGCGGCGUGGGACGAGGCGAAGGAGAGAGGAGUGGACCUAGUUGUAGUGAAUCCAGUACUGGUUAUGGGACCAUUGUUGCAACCCACACUCAAUGCCAGCAUCAUCCACAUUCUCAAGUACCUAAAUGGCUCGGCAAAAACUUACGCCAACUCGGUUCAAGCCUACGUGGAUGUUAAGGACGUCGCGUUGGCACAUAUUCUGGUCUACGAGACCCCCUCUGCCUCUGGCCGGUACCUUUGUGCGGAGAGCGUGCUUCACCGCGGUGACGUGGUUGAAAUUCUGGCUAAGUUUUUCCCUGAGUAUCCCGUUCCUAUCAAGUGCAAGGAUGAAACAAAGCCAAGAGCAACGCCAUACAAGUUCUCAAACCAAAAGCUGAAGGACCUGGGUCUGGAGUUCACAACAGUGAAGCAGUCACUGUACGAAACAGUCAAGAGCCUCCAGGACAAGGGUCACCUCCCAAUACCUACCCAACAGCAGGAUCAUGAAUCUAUUAUCCGCAUCCAAUCUUGAAAUUCUCCCUUUGUUGCAAUUAAUAAAAAAUUAAGGGAUGAUCUAAACUAGAUCAUAAAAAAAAAAUGUGGAUUUGGUUUUAUGUUUUGCUCCAAAGCCCUCCUCGGACUGGUCGUAUACUUUUUUAAUAACUAGGUUAUAAUUUGUAUAUGCCAAUGUUUGGUCGGGUUAUGUUGUAGUAUUCGUUUUCAUCUUGUGGAGUGGUUUGACAUUAGUAUGAUUUCAAUUAAUUACAUUAGAUUAAAUUAAACCUAA